AUCCCCGCACCAAGCGCUUAACCUCAUUGGGGUGGAGGAGAAGGCGGCGGCUGUCCGGUCCGCAGCCCCAACAGUUGUGAAUAAUAGAGCUAAUGGACUGCUGAACUAUGAAGGAUUUCAGACCUAGUCGUGGGUCAUCACUCCGCCGCUCUCGCCUUUAUCGCCUACUAGUUAUUUAAAUUGAACUUUUAAUAUCCGACCAGCUGCUCUUCAGACACACAUGGUGCAUUGCUGCCAUUCCCCGGAUUGCAUCUUUGAAACACACGCUCUUAGUAGCCUUCAGCGAACAAAGAGGCCACCUCCCGGUACAGCUACCGGGAGGGAGUCAUCCUGACCGCCCCCCAGCCUUGGCCGGAUCUGGAUUUGAAUCCUACCAUGGAGCCUCGAAUGGAGUCCUGCCUGGCCCAGGUGCUGCAGAAGGAUGUGGGGAAACGGCUGCAGGUUGGCCAGGAGCUCAUAGACUAUUUCUCGGACAAGCAGAAGUCUGCUGACCUUGAGCAUGACCAGACCAUGUUAGAUAAGCUUGUGGACGGACUCGCUACCUCUUGGGUGAACUCUAGCAAUUACAAGGUGGUUCUACUAGGCAUGGACAUCCUGUCUGCACUGGUGACAAGGCUGCAGGACCGGUUCAAGGCGCAAAUUGGCACAGUGUUGCCAAGUCUAAUAGACAGACUGGGAGAUGCUAAGGACUCCGUGAGGGAGCAAGACCAAGCCCUGCUGCUAAAGAUCAUGGACCAAGCUGCUAACCCCCAGUACGUGUGGGACAGGAUGCUCGGAGGUUUCAAACACAAGAACUUCCGCACGAGAGAGGGCAUCUGCCUCUGCCUUAUUGCAACACUCAAUGCCUCUGGGGCACAGACUCUAACACUAAGCAAGAUUGUGCCACAUAUAUGUAACUUACUGGGAGACCCCAACAGCCAGGUUAGAGAUGCAGCAAUAAACAGUCUGGUGGAGAUUUACAGACAUGUAGGCGAACGUGUGCGGGCAGACCUCAGUAAGAAAGGGUUGCCACAGUCCCGGUUGAAUGUCAUUUUUACAAAAUUUGAUGAAGUCCAAAAGUCUGGAACUAUGAUACAGUCUGCAAAUGAUAAGAAUUUUGACGAUGAGGAUUCUGUGGAUGGAAACAGGCCUUCUUCUGCCAGCUCCUCCUCAUCCAAGGCUCCAUCUAGUUCCCGAAGGAAUGUUAGCAUGGGGACCCGUCGGCUGGUGUCAUCCAGUCUUGGAUCUAAGUCUUCAGCUGCAAAAGAAGGUGCUGGCGCUGUGGAUGAAGAGGACUUCAUUAAAGCCUUUGAUGAUGUGCCCGUAGUGCAGAUUUACUCCAGCCGAGACCUCGAGGAAUCGAUAAACAAAAUCAGAGAAAUCCUGUCGGAUGACAAGCAUGACUGGGAACAGAGGGUCAAUGCUCUAAAAAAGAUGAGGUCGUUACUCUUGGCUGGGGCUGCCGAGUACGAUAACUUCUUUCAACACUUGCGUCUUCUGGAUGGAGCCUUCAAACUCUCUGCUAAGGACCUGCGGUCUCAGGUCGUGCGGGAAGCUUGCAUCACAUUGGGGCAUCUGUCGUCAGUUCUGGGAAACAAGUUUGAUCAUGGAGCUGAAGCCAUUAUGCCAACUAUCUUUAAUUUAAUCCCAAACAGUGCCAAAAUUAUGGCUACUUCUGGUGUUGUAGCUGUCAGGCUAAUCAUUCGGCACACGCACAUCCCUCGGCUAAUUCCUGUCAUAACAAGCAACUGUACCUCGAAGUCUGUCGCAGUUAGAAGGCGCUGUUUUGAAUUUUUAGAUUUGCUUUUACAAGAAUGGCAGACACAUUCACUGGAAAGGCACAUAUCAGUAUUAGCGGAAACGAUAAAGAAAGGAAUCCACGAUGCCGAUUCUGAAGCAAGAAUAGAAGCCAGAAAAUGCUACUGGGGUUUCCACAGUCACUUCAGCCGAGAAGCAGAGCACUUGUACCACACGCUGGAGUCCUCCUACCAGAAGGCCCUGCAGUCCCACCUGAAGAACUCGGACAGCAUCGUGUCUCUGCCUCAGUCAGACCGAUCCUCGUCCAGCUCUCAGGAGAGUCUCAACCGGCCCCUUUCUGCCAAGAGAAGUCCCACCGGCAGCACCACAUCCAGAGCCUCUACAGUUAGUACCAAAUCUGUGUCAACGACAGGAUCCCUCCAGCGAUCUCGAAGCGAUAUUGACGUGAACGCAGCAGCCAGUGCCAAAUCCAAAGUCUCCUCAUCCUCGGGCUCCACCGCCUUCAGCUCUGCAGCAGCGUUGCCUCCAGGGUCCUAUGCAUCUUUAGAGUCCAGACACGUGAGGGAAGACUUGGAGUACGUAGGCCUGGAUGCAGGUCGGAUCCGUACCAGACGGCAAAGCUCCGGGAGUGCCACCAAUGUCGCCUCCACACCCUCGGAUACUCGGGGCCGCAGUCGUGCCAAAGUGGUUUCACAGUCUCAGCGAUCCAGAUCUGCUAACCCCGCUGGUGCUGGCAGCCGGUCAAGUUCCCCAGGGAAGCUGUUGGGAAGCGGCUAUGGUGGACUUGCUGGGGGUUCCUCAAGAGGCCCACCUGUAACACUGUCUUCAGAAAAACGAAGCAAGAUCCCCAGGAGUCAGGGAUGUAGCCGAGAAACAAGUCCUAACCGGAUUGGAUUAGCACGGAGCAGCCGUAUCCCCCGACCCAGCAUGAGUCAGGGGUGCAGCCGCGAUACCAGCCGUGAGAGCAGCCGCGAUACAAGCCCUGCUCGGGGCUUCACUCCACUCGCCUCUCGACGUCAUUCCAGGUCCACUAGUGCUCUCUCCACUGCUGAAUCUGUUGGGCAGUCAGAUCGGUUUGGGCUGGGCCAGUCAGGAAGAAUCCCUGGUUCCGUGAAUGCCAUGCGAGUAUUGAGCACCAGCACAGACCUAGAAGCUGCCGUGGCUGAUGCGCUGCUGUUAGGAGACGCCAGGAGCAAGAAGAAGCCUGUGAGGAGGAGGUACGAGCCCUAUGGAAUGUACUCUGACGAUGAUGCCAACAGCGACGCCUCCAGCGUGUGCUCUGAGCGCUCGUAUGGCUCCAGGAAUGGUGGCAUUCCUCAUUAUCUGCGGCAGACUGAGGACGUAGCAGAAGUUCUCAACCACUGUGCUAGUUCCAACUGGUCCGAAAGGAAAGAGGGGCUCCUGGGCCUGCAGAACUUACUGAAGAGCCAAAGAACACUGAGUCGAGUAGAAUUGAAGAGAUUGUGUGAGAUUUUCACCCGAAUGUUCGCUGACCCUCACAGCAAGAGAGUUUUCAGUAUGUUUCUGGAGACCCUUGUGGAUUUUAUAAUCAUUCAUAAGGAUGACUUGCAAGACUGGCUUUUCGUCCUUCUCACACAAUUACUGAAGAAAAUGGGCGCAGACUUACUUGGAUCUGUGCAAGCAAAAGUUCAGAAGGCACUGGAUGUCACCAGGGAUUCUUUUCCAUUUGAUCAACAAUUCAACAUUUUAAUGAGAUUUAUUGUGGAUCAGACUCAAACUCCAAACCUCAAGGUCAAAGUCGCAAUCCUGAAAUACAUCGAGUCUCUGGCCAGGCAGAUGGAUCCCACAGAUUUUGUAAACUCCAGCGAAACAAGGCUUGCUGUUUCUAGAAUCAUAACGUGGACUACAGAACCAAAGAGUUCAGACGUGAGAAAGGCAGCACAGAUUGUGCUCAUCUCUCUGUUUGAAUUGAACACUCCUGAAUUUACCAUGUUACUUGGUGCCUUGCCAAAAACAUUCCAGGAUGGUGCCACCAAACUCCUGCAUAACCACCUCAAGAACUCCAGUAACACUGGUGUGGGAUCCCCAAGCAAUACAAUUGGCCGGACGCCUUCCCGACACCCCAGCAGCAGGACCAGCCCCCUGACCUCACCCACCAAUUGUUCCCAUGGGGGACUAUCUCCAAGUCGGUUGUGGGGUUGGAGUGCCGAUGGGCUAUCGAAGCCCCCACCUCCCUUUUCUCAGCCUAACUCCAUUCCCACCGCUCCCUCCCACAAGACUCUCAGGCGCUCUUACUCUCCCAGCAUGCUGGACUAUGAUACAGAAAACCUGAACUCUGAAGAAAUCUACAGCUCUUUGCGUGGAGUUACAGAAGCCAUCGAAAAGUUCAGCUUCCGAAGCCAAGAGGACCUAAACGAGCCGAUUAAGCGAGAUGGCAAGAAGGACUGUGAUAUCGUGUCCCGAGAUGGGGGAGCAGCCUCACCUGCCACCGAGGGCCGGGGAGGUGGUGAGGUGGAAGGAGGCAGGAUGGCUUUGGACAACAAGACCUCCCUGCUCAACACACAGCCUCCACGUGCCUUCCCGGGGCCACGAGCACGGGAGUAUAACCCGUAUCCCUACUCGGACACCAUCAACACCUAUGACAAGACGGCGCUGAAGGAGGCGGUGUUUGACGAUGACAUGGAGCAGCUCCGAGACGUGCCCAUUGACCACUCGGACCUGGUGGCUGACUUGCUGAAAGAGCUAUCCAACCACAACGAGCGUGUGGAGGAGCGGAAGGGUGCGCUGCUGGAGCUGCUCAAGAUCACCAGGGAGGACAGCCUGGGCGUGUGGGAGGAGCACUUUAAGACCAUCCUGCUGCUGCUGCUGGAAACUCUAGGGGACAAGGACCAUUCCAUUCGAGCUCUGGCACUGAGAGUUUUACGGGAGAUUCUGAGAAACCAACCAGCAAGAUUCAAAAACUACGCAGAACUGACGAUCAUGAAGACCCUGGAAGCCCACAAAGACUCCCACAAAGAGGUGGUGAGGGCUGCCGAGGAGGCUGCAUCCACACUAGCCAGCUCCAUCCACCCUGAGCAGUGCAUCAAAGUGCUGUGUCCAAUCAUCCAGACGGCCGACUACCCCAUCAACCUGGCUGCCAUCAAGAUGCAGACAAAAGUGGUGGAGAGGAUCACCAAGGAGUCCUUGCUGCAGCUCCUUGUCGACAUCAUCCCAGGCCUGCUGCAGGGUUACGACAACACUGAGAGCAGUGUACGGAAGGCCAGCGUGUUUUGCUUAGUGGCAAUCUAUUCCGUAAUCGGAGAAGAUCUGAAACCUCACCUUGCACAGCUCACAGGGAGCAAGAUGAAGCUACUCAACCUUUAUAUCAAGAGGGCCCAGACCACCAACAGCAACAGCAGCUCCUCCUCCGAUGUGUCCACACACAGCUAGUGGCCGUGCCGGUCUGUGCAGACCCACAUGGUGGCGCCUCUGAGAAGCCCAUCAGCCGUCUAGUCCUUCAGGGGGCCGCACAUAAUUUAUUACAAUCAGUAUUUUGGUCCCUUCCAGCUUUUGUGUAGAUUUCGCUGGUAUUGAAUGUAACGGGAGCGAGGCCUGUUAUGCAAUCUCCCUAGAAACAAAAGGACUGAGAACAGAGCCACACUCACACGUGUCUUGCACCGCCUGCUGACAUCACCAAACCAUGGAGGACACAGUUCUUAGAACCCAGAGCUCUCCAGCCCGUGCUUGGUACACAGUAGCGUAUUUUUUUCAGCCCACACAGACCUGGGGUGGUUUGGGGUGUUGCUGUGUUCUUUAUGCCUAUGUUCCUAGAGCGUGGUCAGAUGGGACAAGACCCCCCCAUCUGUGGUCCACCUGACCCCGAGAGAGGCUGUGUGUGUCUUUAGGUUUUGUCUUAAGAGAACUUGUCAGAGUGGGACUGCAGUCUGGGCACAGAGAGGACAACAGCCUGGAGCUGGCCUCGUGACAAACAAGUCUGCCUUUGGGGACAGAAUCAGUAAUGCCACCAACAUUUUCAUGGUUGCAUUAAAUACAAGGUGACUGCAGAUGGCAAGAUUCCUGCCCAGGGAAUCACUGGCCUAACCUCUUGAAGGUCUUUUGACCCAGCAACUAAUGUAGAGUCUGGCUAAAUAUAUUUUGAUUAAAAUCCUUAAGCCAAAUAACAAUUCUUAAUGCAAUCAUGCAAACUUUUUUAGGCUGGUCUUGGAUUUGGUAUCCUCCAGCCUCUAGCCUCCCAAAUACUGGGUUUAUAGACAUGGGCCACAUGCCCAGCAAAAGAUUCUUUGGGGGUGUUAAUUCUAGCAGAGCGUGCGCCCCUCCAGUGCAGAGCCCACUUCAGCUACCAGAGAUGAAAGGAGAGGUUGGGUACUUGAGUUCUCAGCCCUGAUUCCAGCCCUGCUCUCUGACCCGCCAAAUGACUUGGUUGGCCAUGGCGGUGCACACCUUUAAUCCCAGCACUUGGAAGGCAGAGGCAGGUGGAUUUCUGUGAAUUCUAGUCCAGCCUGGUCUAGAGUCAGUUCCAGGACAGCUGGGGCUAUAUAGACUGUCUCAAGAAACAAUCAAAAAAGAGGUAGGGAGGUUGAGAAAGACCUAUGCUGUAUUUAGAAAUACACUGAAAAUUAGGGCCGUGUGUGUGUGUGUGUGUGUGUGUGUGUGUGUGUGUGUAGUGGCUCACACAUGUAACUGCCCCCACUGCUGCUGUCCGGAGAACUCAGGGGUGCAUUUUAAGGAUUUACUAUUAUUGACUGGUCUGAAAUCAAAAUAUAGCCAGACCAGACCUUCGUUUUAGUUAAAAACAAAAAACAAACAAAAAAAAAAAUCCUGUCUGUUAAGAGUUUAUUAAUGAAAUUCCUCUCACCCUCCACCAGGGUCCCUGUGUUGUAGCCACUGCCUUGUAGAAUUGUGCAUCUCGGCCCGGUUACUUAGGAGUUCUCUUAUGUCUGAUGCAGUUAGAAGGGCUCUUCUCUGGAGUUCUCUGCCCCACAGAUGGUCUCCAUGUCCCCACCGUAACUGGACAGUUCCAGAAUAUUGCCUGAUUUCCUCACGGCACUCACGAAGGGCUAGCCUCCAAUGUCAUGUGCCCUCUUCCACCUGAGUAGAAAGAAUACAGUCAUUUCCCAGGUCUCUUGGGCUCAAUCUGAAGACUGCUGCCCGCAAUGCUGAGGAGACUCGCAUGCCGCCACCACCUCACGGAGGGCGAUAGCGCCACUCCAGAACCCUGACAGCUACUGCUGCCUUGCCUUGCCUCCACCUCCCCAAAGGACUCUGCUGGAAGCACCUAGACCCUGAAGGACUCUUGACUGCUCCCAGAACUGUGUUUGCCUCCCCAUCUAUCUUGACUAUCCAGGGCCUUGAAACCCCCUACCCUGUAUCCAGGGGGACUGCUCAUCUGACUUCCUGCUUCCUGGCAAGCUGCCCCUCCCUUACUGGACAGGCUCUCUCCAGGUGUGCUCGUGUGCUGUGCGGCCCUGGUGCCCACAGAUGGCCUGGGCCCGCCCGCCGUAUCUAUGGCUCACAAUAGCUUUUCACCACCUGUGCAGCUCACGCAGCAGGUUUGUCUCAGACAUCUUCUGUUUCUUUCUCUGCCACCCUUACGGAAACUCACACUUUAAAAGACAACAGAUUAGAACUUCGUAGACCCCCAACCAGGACUCUGCUAACAAUGUUUGGAAGAAAUAAAUGCUCUGAAAACAAUCAGCCACCAAAAUAGCUCACACGCAUGGUCCCUGCGCCCCCAGAUUGGGUGUUGUUUGUUUUGGGUUUUUGGGGGGCUUUUUCAUGUUACAUCCAUAAUCUGUAUUUAUAUCUUAUUUGUUUCACCUUCCAAGUGUAUCAUGGCAAAUGUACAGAUUUUUUGUUGUUGUUGUUAAUAAUGUGCUAGGAUUUGCUAAAAAAGAAAAUUAAAAAAAAAAAAAAAAGACCUCGAGUUUGCCCUGGAAUAUGCGACAAUCCAGUUAAAACUGUGUGUGUGGUGCUGUGAGAACCCUCGGGUGACCUGCAGUUUCUUGUCAGAUUGUCAUCAUCCUGCUGUGUUCA